AUGUUUUUAUUCUCCUCGAGCCUCGCGCUCCUUCCUCUCUUUCUUCUCACAACCGCACGCGCCGUCUCAACAGUGACCCUAACGCAAUCCGCUGCCGCUGCAGCUACGAGUACGAGUGAGAGUUCGGAUUAUACUUCUGAUACAGCGUUUCAGAAGGAUAUGCUGGAUGCGCAUAAUUUUUACCGCGGGGAGCAUAAUGCUAGUACGUUGACUUGGAAUGAGAGUUCGGCGGCGGUGGCGGUGAAGUGGGCGGAUGGGUGUCGGUUUGUGCAUAGUGGCGGACCAACCGGCGAGAACCUCGCAUCAGGGUACGCCAAUGCCACGGCGAGUGUCGAUGCCUGGGGCCUAGAGCGCGAGAAGUAUAACUGGAAGAGCCCGGGGUUCAAGGAGGCGACGGGGCAUUUCACACAGGUUGUGUGGAGCAAUACCACGAGUGUGGGAUGUGGGCGGACGGCUUGUGGGGGGAAGAAUGGCACGCCGGGGUGGUAUGUGGUGUGUGAGUAUUAUCCGCCGGGGAAUGUGGUGGGUGGUACUGGGGGGGAUCAGUUUUUUAAGGAUAAUGUUAAGGUGUUGAGUAAAGGGAAGGCGACGGAUACUGUUGAGUCUGGGGUGAGUAGUGGGGGGGGUUGGUGGUGCAGAGAGGAGGUGGAUGGGUGUUUUGGGGGCUGUGGUGGUGGUUGUGUGGUUGUUGGU